AUAAAAUUAAAAGAUAUGGGAAGGGGUGCGACAUAGAGUAUCAGAGAAAGAACAGAGAGACAUUACUUUUGAGGAUCAAAUAAAAGUAAAAAUCAUCAAUUCAGAUUUGUUCAAUUACCAAUUUGGAAUCGUUUAACUUCAUCUCGUUAUAAACAAUCAUAUAGAUCAUCAAACAUAAACACUAUGACUGGUGAAGGUUGGUUAUUUAUUCUUGCUGUCAUUGUCAAUGCAGUCAAUUUAUUCUCCCAAGUGUUUUUCACUAUCAUGUAUUCUGAUUUAGAAUGUGAUUAUAUCAAUCCAAUUGAAUUAUGUAAUAAAUUAAAUCCAUGGUUUAUUCCAGAAGCUGGUUUACAUGCUUUCAUUACAGCAUUAUUCUUACUCAAUGGUUUUUGGUUUGUGUUCUUAUUAAACUUACCAUUAGUUGCCUAUAACGUUAAUAAGUUUGUUAAUAAGAAUCAUUUAUUAGAUGCUACUGAAAUUUUUAGAACUUUAUCAAAACAUAAAAAGGAAUCAUUCCUUAAAUUAGGAUUCCAUUUAUUAAUGUUCUUCUUCUACUUGUAUAGAAUGAUUAUGGCAUUAGUUACUGAAGGUGAACAAUUAUAAGUAAAUGGGUGAUACAUCUUGAUGAAUUGAUCCUAUUAUUUCUUUCCUUCCUUCCAUUCCAUUUUCCCCUGUUUGCAUUAUUCUUUGAUGUCCAUAGCUUAGAAAGUAGCAAUGGCCUAGCCUCUUGAUACGGAUGAUAUAAUGUGAAUCGUUUAUAUUUCUGUAAUAUAUUUAU